AUGGCCGAUACACAAACACCACCAUCUGAACAAACGCCGCUCAUCGAGCCAGCAUCAAAACAUGACUCUCUUGACCUGAGCACCCUCAGAGGAUGGGGAAUCUCUGCCCUGAUGUCCGUUUUGAUUUUCAUUCAAGCAACCAACAUCUCAAUGAUGACAACCGCCCAAUCCGAGGUCGCUGCGGACUUAGAUGCUUUCGCCGAGGCCACAUGGUUUACCUCCGCAUUCAUGAUCGCAGCCUCGAGUGUAACUCCGCUAGCAGGACGAUUCGCGGCGAUCUUCACCGCACGUCUUUGCUUGGUUUUCUCAAGCACCAUCCUGGCAAUUGGCCUUUUCAUUACUGCUGCCGCCCCUUCCCUGGCAAUUUUCCUAUUGGGUCGUGCUGUCACAGGAUUAGGAAGUGGAGGGUUGAUGAGUAUCGCUAUUAUAUUGAUUUUGGACUUUACCAGUGACCGGAGACGAGGACUGUUUAUUGGGCUUAUCAGCACCAACUAUACUGUAGGACUUGCUUCGGGCGCUGUCCUAGCGGGACUUCUGACUCCGAUAAUUGGAUGGCGUCUCAUAUUUUGGAUUCAAGCUCCGGCUGCGCUUGUUCUGGGACCUCUGCUAUACUUCGCUAUUCCACCCCCAGCCGAAGAUCAUAGCUCCCUCCGGGAAGGUACUUUACUUCAAAGCCUUGCUCGCAUAGAUUAUGCUGGUGCCCUGACAAUUACAAUCUCGGUCGUCCUCUUUCUCACUAGCUUGGCCUCCCCUGAGGUUCUCAUCUGGCCCAUUCCAUUAUCAUUGGCCUUUUUCCUUAUCUUUCUUCUCAUUGAGUCUCGAUGGGCUCGCGAGCCCAUUAUUCCAGUCCACCUGUUCCGCAACCGCAGCGUCCUGCUGUCAUGCCUGGCUGGCGUAGGCUUAAUGAUGUCUCGCUGGUGCGUCGUAUUUUUCACUCCGGUCUAUGCAAUUGCAGUUCGGGGGUGGGCCCCCGCAUCCGCAGGACUUAUUCUCGUCCCGACAAAUGCAGGGUUCGGAACUGGUGGGAUACUUGUGGGCUGGCUUCAUAUCCGCAAAGGAGGUAGCUACUAUGUCUCUUGUCUGGUUCUUUUCACCCUCUUUGCGUUCGCGACAAUGGCCCUCUCGAUUUUGUCUUCAGAGGACUCCCCAGCAGCAUUGUUUAUGAUGGCAACCUUCUUGAACGGAUUCUUUGCUGGUGCACUAAUGAACUACACCAUGUCCCAUCUGCUACACCUUACGAGCCCUCACAUGCACUACAUCGUAAGUGCCCUAUUUACUACAUUCCGCGGGCUCGCAGGUAGCUUUGGAUCCGCUGUCGGAGGAGGCUUCUUCACUCGGAUCCUUAAAGGAGCAUUGGAAACGGGAUUCUUGCGGGAAGGACUCGCGCCUAAACCAGAUCUGGUUCGCACUCUUCUUGGUAGUCCUGCUACAGUAUCCCAUUUGGAUGGCAUUGAGCGGCUGGUCGCUAUUCAGAGCUAUGCACAUGCAUUCCGUAUGCUGUUUCUGGCGGCUACGUUCCUGAUACUGGUGGCUGCUGCGCUCCAGUCAGGGACUGGGUGGACAGCAGGAAGCGAGGAUAAGGUUGAUGAAUGGGAAGAAGACCGGGUAUAG